AUGCAUAACGUGACAAUAUCAGAUAAAGUUUCAAUAAAUGUUUUUAACUAUUAUUGCUACCAUAAUAAUGAAAUUAACAUUACGGUUAACGACCUAGGAAUUGGCAAUAUAUUUUCAUCUGGUGACAUAUCAUUAUUUUCGGACUUUCGAUAUUUUGUACAUACAAAUAUAGAGAACCAUAUAUUAACAUUGUUUGCCGGUGGUUUACUGAAAGAUGGGAAUGGUACACUUGACGCACUUGACCCACUUGGUAGGGCUCUUGUUGGAAUUCCCGAAAAUGAUGCUGAAGGGAAGGAAUAG